AUGGAAAAUCCACGGACUAUUACCGAUUUGCCAUUCGAAAUCCUCGAUCUAGUAUUCAAAAAUCUUUUUUAUUUAAAAUGUAAAGUGAACCUAUCUCAAGCGCACGAGAAGCUCGGAAAAGCUUUUGCCUUUCACUGCCGCAAUAAGUUCAGGAGACUCUCGACCGGUUCGCAAUUAAAACCCAAAAUGUGGGCGAUGCUUAUAAAGGAAUGCGGCCCCUCAAUUGAGGAAUUUGUCUACGGGGAUUUGGGUUACUCCUGGAACGACACUAUAGCCGAUGCGGUUGCGACUCACUGUCCCAAUCUGAAAACGGUGUCAAUUGUUCUCUAUAGGUCUGGUCGGGAGGGUGUUCCGGCCUUUCUUAUGAAGGUGAAAAACUCCCUGAAAUCGGUGACCUUAGAUCAACAGGAUCAUUUUCCAUCUACAUUCUUGACAGCGGUGUCCGAAAUUACCCAAUUAAAGACACUCUCAUUUAAGGGAUAUGUGGACGAAAACGUUUACCAGAUACAGAAUUUGGUCGCUCUGGAGAAGCUGACGAUCGAAAAUCACUAUUAUUUACGGAAACCUUCUGUCAACUUACUAAAGAUUUGUGCUCCACUAAGUAAUCUCAAAGAAUUAAGUGCGAUCAAUAUAAAAAUAAUUCCGUUCGAUGAACCCUGUUCUGUAAUGUGGGGCGGCUUGAAAUCAUUGAAAUUGAUUCGCUGCGAAGUGUGCACCGAAUUGCCAGACUGUCAAGAGCUCACAUAUUUGGAUAUUGAUGGCCUCUCAUGUCAGAUCGAAGGCUAUGUCCUGAGAUUUAUUCUCAAAAAUGGAGGAAAUCUUAAAGAAUUGUAUGAAAGUUGCGAACCGCCAAUCAAAGCCGACGAAUUUCACCAACUGCUUCGGGGCUGUCCAAAACUGCGAUACUUUUACACACCAAUGGAAUACAUUAAACUCUAUUUGGACUAUGUGUCUACUAUAGUGGAAAUUCUAGUGCACAAUGGAGUGUCGCGGGAGGAUCCCUUAGAACUGGUUAUAACUAGGCGUAUUAAGUGGAAGUGGUUCCGAAGAUUACUCCUGCGAACCACAAAUGCAGAGUUGAUCGAUCUGUAUGUAACUACUGAGUAAAAAUAAAUCUU